ACCUUUAACAAGAAUUAGAAAUGGGAGCUCUAUUGUCUACACAUGUGCAACGCCAGAACUUGAUCGACAAGGAGAUUAAUACUUUACAAGAACUAGAAGAGAGCUCCGGCUGCAGCUUUCCGGGCUCCGAUUACCACCCGACCGACCGCAAAAACUGGAUUUCGGGCCUCAACCCGGACAAGGUCCACCUGAACCAGAUUGUCUGGCCCGGAACCCAUAAUUCCGGGACCAACCAGAUCGGAUUGGAGAUUGUUACUCGCCCAUUCGGCGAGUGCCAAUCGUUGUCCAUUUACGAACAACUCAUACUUGGGACUCGACUUCUCGAUAUUCGGGUCAACGAAAAUCGGGAAGUCUGUCAUGGGAUACUUGUCACGUAUAAUAUUGACGUCGUGAUCCAUGACGUCAAAAGGUUUAUUUCGGAAACAGAAUCCGAAAUAAUAAUUCUCGAGGUCCGAACCGAAUUCGGGCACUCUGAUCCGCCCGAAUUCGAGAAAUACUUGGAGCAACAACUUGGGGAAUACUUGAUCCAUCAAGAUGAUAAAGUAUUUGACAAGACAGUUGCUGAGAUUCUACCCAAACGAAUUAUAUGCAUUUGGAAGCCUUGUAAUUCGGACCCGCCAACACCGGGUGGCGCGUUUUGGAGUUCGGGUUAUUUACAAGAUAACUGGAUCGACACCGAUUUGCCUGCGAUGAAAUUCGAGAGUAAUUUAAAGUAUCUGAGUCAGCAACCGCCGAUGAGUUCAAGAAAAUACUUUUACCGGGUGGAGAAUACGCUCACACCGCAAACGAAUAACCUGGUUGUGCAUGUAAAACCGGUUACAAACCGGAUCCGUUGGUGUGCGAGGUUGUUCAUAGCACAGUGCUUUUUUAGAAAUAUAGCGGACCGGUUGCAAGUGUUCUCGACGGAUUUUAUUGAUGAAGAUUUUGUUGAUGCUUGUGUUGGUCUUACGUGGGCUAGGAUUGAAGGGAAAGCUUAAGUUUGUAACUUAAUUGUGGUUGUUAUGAUGCCUAGAUUUCUUGUUGUAACAGAAGUGUGCGAUUAGUAGUAUUAUUGUGGUAGAUAUAUAUCAUAAGUAUUACACA